GUCUCAGUCCGAUUCUGGCCGGGAAAGAGGGGAUCCCUGACCUGUCACUUUAUUGACAGCUGUGCAGUGACCAGCUCUUUCCCAGAAGUUGAUCAAAGAAGCUCAAAUGUUGCUGUUUCUUCCCUUCCAAGUCAAGUGGUUUUCCUGGUAAUGGAUUGCCUCUCUCUGAGCUCUCCCCCUGGUGAGACUCUCCAGAUCUAGCCUGCCAACCCAACUAGGAAGCACCUCUGUAAAAAUGAUGGAAGAGCCCAUAAAGGAGAUGCUGGGAGCCCCCAAGUCUCCCAUGCCAGUGGCAAUGGAGAAGAGCCCCAAGAGCGAAGUCGUGAUCACCACAGUCCCCCUGGUCAGUGAGAUUCAGCUGACGGCUGCCACAGGAGGUGCCGAGCUCUCCUGCUACCGCUGCAUCAUCCCCUUCGCCGUGUUCGUCUUUAUUGCUGGGAUAGUGGUCACCACCGUGGCUUACAGCUUCAAUUCCCACGGCUCCAUCAUCUCUGUCAUUGGCCUGGUCCUUUUGUCAUCUGGACUUUUUUUAUUAGCCUCCAGCGCCUUGUGCUGGAAGGUGAGACAAAGGAGGAAGAAAGCCAAGAGAAGGGAGAGUCAGACGGCUCUCAUGGCAAAUCACAGAAGCUUAUUUGCCUAAGACUGAAUGAGACCAAAUGGCAUACGUGGCCUGAAAACCUGCUGUAACUUCUUUUGUCAGCCAAUACACCCAGAACCAACGUGGGAAAGAGUGGACGUGGCACUGGAGCAGGCUAGAAGAAGUGGGUUGGGUGGGGAGUGGAGGGGCUUCUCCUUUGUGGGGAAUGGCUUGUAUCUUCUUUAAUGACAAACUUAACCCUAAGGGCUACUUCUAAGACUAAACUUUCUCUUUCCAGUAAAUAUUUUGGGGGUCUUGGGAGGUGCACAGCUUUAGACAACAUUUGGUUCACCUCGGAAAGUAGCUAAGAAAAGAUGAGAAAAUCAUAAGAUGGUUGUGGCACACCAGACACUGGCCUUCAAAUGAAAUAAUCAAUGCUCUUAAAAAGGUGUAUCAUAAAAAUCUUCUGAAAAGGGUCUAAAUUGCCUCGGACUUUGCAUACUUCUGUGAAAUUCUGUGAUUUUUUUUUUUCCCAAUAAGUUGAUUUUCUGGCAUCUGUUUUUAUUUUUCACUUUUAGUAACUCAUCACUGGUGGUACAUUAUUUUGAAGAAUAAACUAAUAUUUUUGUGUUUUAAUGUUGGACAGUGGUAGGUGAUUGUAAUGAUGAGUUAGAAGUAAAAAAAAAAAAAGGUAUAGCUAAUAGAUGACAUGGGGGUUAAGUUAAUAUUAAAAUAAUCCAAUGUAGCACUUUUGAUGAUUUUUAUAUAAAAGCUUAAUGUACAUUUUAAUCAAAAUAAUAAAUACUCAUUGCUGCUGUAACUUCUUAAA